AAAAAUAGUGAGUACUGAGCAGAGACUAGAGAGUAGAGAGAGAGAGAGAGAGAGCUCGGUGGCGCUAGGGCACAUAGUUGCAGGCAGAGAGAGAGAGAGAGAAAUGGAGGGCGGAGACGAAGGAGUGGAGAUGGUAGCGGAGACGAAGGAUCUUCAGCAGCAGACUAAGGCCUUCGACAAGCUCACCGACCGCGUCGAAGAUCGCCAGCUCGAUUCCACUCGCGUCCAAGAGGCCAUGGCCUCCAUUGCUGCCUCUGCUCAAGCUGACUGGAACGCCAUGCGUUUAAGGGAGAAAGAAUUAGCAGCUGUUAAGAUAAAUGCAGCUGAUGUUGAUAUAAUUGCAAAUGAACUGGAGUUGGAUAAAAAGGUAGCAGAAAGAACUUUGCGCGAGCAUAAAGGUGAUGCAGUUGCUGCCAUUCGUCACUUGCUUCAGUAGAAUGGUGGGAAUGAAGAAGGGUUUAAUAUUUCGGAGGAUCUUAUAUAUUGCCCUAUAUUGUUCUGCAUUGAGAGAUCACAAUGUAUAUCAAGACCUCAACUUUUCCCAUAAAUCACCAAGUGAAAUUUUGAAGUGAUCUAUGUACCCCAAAAAAAAAAAAAAGAGAAACCAAAAUCUGAUGAUAAAGCCACGUUUUUCAUCAGGAUCUUAUAAUGUUUCUAGUUUUUCCAUUUAUCACUUGAAAAGCCUGCUUUUUUACUUGCUCCUUUUUCCAUUGUUGUGGAAAACUGUAUGUGUAGAAUAGUGUUUUCUAUUGUGUGAAAUCUAUAUUGAUAAAGACCUAGAUUUUUUCUCUUG